AUGCCUGAGCCUAUUAAAGUGGCAACGCUAAAUACAGACUUGGCAGCAACAGGAGGGGUUGGUUCUCCCAUCGCUGCAGGGGAUCCUCUCUCAGAACUGGCAGCUAGGUUGCUGUGCUCAUUGUUCAUCCCUGGCCUGUUUCUAAGUGGAGCUUUAUGUCUGUGUUUGGUUGUACUACUGUGGGGAAUACGGCUGUGGGUACAACGAAGGAAAAAUCAGUUGGCCUCAACAGGAAAAGAUGGGAAACAUCAGUUGGUUGUUGCAUUUUUUCAUCCGUAUUGCAAUGCAGGUGGUGGAGGAGAGAGAGUCCUAUGGUGUGCUAUUAGAGCCCUGCAGAAAAAGUACAAGGAUGCAAUAUAUAUUGUCUACACUGGCGAUAAAGAUGUCACUGGAGAACAGAUUGUAGAAGGUGCUUUCAGAAGAUUCAACAUCAAAUUAACUCAUCCUGUGAAAUUUGUUUUUCUAGAAAAACGUUACCUUGUGGAAGCCUCUCUUUACCCCCACUUCACUUUGCUAGGUCAAAGCUUAGGGUCUGUGUUUCUUGGUUGGGAAGCUCUUAUGAAGUAUGUUCCCGAUGUUUACAUUGACUCAAUGGGUUAUGCCUUCACAUUGCCUCUGUUUAAGUACUUAGGAGGUUGCCAUGUUGGGUGUUAUGUUCAUUAUCCAACUAUAAGCACUGACAUGCUUUCUGUGGUUAGGAGUCAGAAUGCCAGAUUUAACAAUGCAGCCUUUAUUACAAGGAAUCCCCUUCUCAGUAAAUUUAAACUCAUCUAUUACUACUUGUUUGCUUUUGUAUAUGGAUUGGUUGGUUCUCGUAGUGAUGUCAUUAUGGUUAAUUCUUCAUGGACCCUAAAUCACAUCCUUUCCCUCUGGAGAUCUGGAGCUUGCACAAGUGUUGUGUAUCCACCUUGUGAUGUUCAGACAUUCCUGGAUAUUCCAUUACAUGAGGAAAAGAGCACCACAGAAUAUUCCAUUGUUUCUCUAGGACAGUUCAGGCCUGAGAAGGACCAUCCUUUGCAAAUCAGAGCCUUUGCUAAGUUCUUGGAAAAGAAGACUGUGGGGCAGCAGAUCUUGCCAAAGCUCAUCCUGAUUGGAGGCUGUCGUAACCAACAAGAUGAGCAGCGUGUAAACAGACUUAAAAAGCUUUGUGAAGAGCUAGGAGUUGAGAGAAAUGUGGAGUUCAAAGUAAACAUUCCAUUUGAGGAACUAAAGAAAUAUCUGGCUGAUGCAACUAUAGGUCUACACACCAUGUGGAAUGAGCAUUUUGGAAUUGGAAUAGUUGAAUGUAUGGCAGCUGGCACAAUUAUUCUGGCUCACAAUUCUGGUGGUCCCAAACUAGAUAUUGUGGUACCCUAUGAAGGACAUAUUACAGGAUUUCUAGCAGAAAAUGAGGACGAUUAUUCUGAGGCUAUGGCUCAUAUCCUUUCCUUAUCUCCUGAAAAGAGGCUGAAAAUCAGAGAAAAUGCUCGUCAGUCUGUGAACAGAUUUGCUGACCAAGAGUUUGAAGUUGCAUUCUUAUUGUCUGUAGAACCGUUAUUUAAGUAAUUGUCAUUUGUGUACAUGCAUAAAGUAAGUUAUUGUGUAUAUAUAUGCCACAAAUAUUUUUUUAAUCUAUGAUAUCAUGGGGCAAUAAAGAGAUCCUAUACUUCUAUUAGGACAUCGGUUCUCUGCAUUUAAGGAUUUUUAUUAGGGGAGAAAGGAAAUCCCAUUCCAUGAAACUUAACUUUCUUUUUCCAGUGAACUUACAGGGCACUGCUAGACUUACUACAUGUUUAAUAUUUUCUCACGAGUUAGUAGAGUAGCACAUGGAAUGGCCUCAUAUUUAGUUCAUUUUAAAGUUGAUGGAUUUGGGUUUUUUUGGGAAGACUUUGCUAAAAUCAGUCUGUUUUCCCUGCCUGUUAUUUGGCAAGCUACAGUGGAGGGAUUCUGUUUUUAAAGAUUAACACUUUGCUGUAGCAAUUUUUUUCGUAAGAAUCAGAUGCUUAAGACAAAUAUCUCUCCAGUAUUCAUGGUAAAACACUAUUUUGAAGUGACAUAUUCACUUGCUCUCAGUACAAACUGUCAUGAUGAAUGCUCAUUUGUAUUUCUGCUGCAGCCCUUAAUAGGGUCAGAUCCUCACUGAAAUUUUAAAUAAAUCUACCUGUUUUUAUAUUAGGUAUCUUCCAUUCACAAGGUAAAAGAAAAGUUUACAGUUUUGUUUACAGGUUUCUUUGCUUGCAUUUCCUAACAUUUGUCUCAAAUGGGAUUAAACCUACUAUUUUGCAGCCUCAGCUAUUAUGUUCACUAAGGGUUAAUCUUACAGUGUCCUUAAUACAAGGACCUUUGCUCCUUUUUUAACAGCUGCCCUUAUUGUAACAUUUUUCUUUCUCUUAAGGACAACUUCUUUUCUCCUAUCCUCCUGGGUAUUUUCUUAAAGAAAAUUGAAAAGUUGAUCAGAUAAGUCCAUAUUUGUGAUUCAGCGGAAUAGGCUUUCACUGCUGCCUCAUGUAACAUGGAAGCAAUCUAAGGGUAUGUCUAGUCUACAAACCUCUUUUGAAAGCAGCGUUUUCAAAAGAGCUCUCGAAAAAGCCUC